AUGUGUGCCUGGGAUUUGAAUCUCAACCUCCGAACACGUAAUGACCUACACGAUUUCACACAAAAUAAUACACCCUCCCGUUUCUCUACCGCUACCUCCUUCAGAAGCCAAGUCCAAGCGCACACACAUUGGAUCAACGAUAUCAUCUUGACUCAGAAUAAUUCGACCCUCGUUUCCGCUUCUUCAGAUACCACAGUAAGAGCAUGGAGACCGGCAGCCGAUGAUCAUGCACCUGCCGUUAUUGGAAAACAUACUGAUUACGUCAAAUGUCUUGCAACUCCGCAACCAGACGCUGACUGGGUUGCCUCUGGAAGCUUGGACCAUAAAAUAUACCUUUGGGAUAUAAAUGGCGGCGGGGAACGUUUAAAAAUCGACGUUUCUGAAUAUGAUAAGACACCUAAAGGCUCAGUGUAUGCUUUGAGUGCGAAAGGGUCUAUUUUAGCCAGUGGCGGCCCGGAUAGCGUUGUUCGAAUCUGGGAUUCUAAAACGGGAAAAUUAAUCACUAAAUUUGUCGGCCACACAGAUAACGUUAGGAGUAUCCUUCUUAACCGCGAUGCCGAUACAAUUUUGACAGCAUCGUCUGACCAAACCGUCAAAGUGUGGUCCAUGGCAGCUGGACGAUGUAUGCACACUCUUACCAUGCAUAAUGAUAGUGUAUGGUCACUAUAUUCGGACCACCCCCAACUAUCUGUGUUUUAUUCAAGCGAUAGAUCUGGCCUCGUGGCGAAAACAGAUACCAGAAAUGCUCCAGAUAUUGAUCAGGGCAUUUGCAUCGCUGCCUUGCAAGAAAAUGAUGGCGUGUUCAAAGUUGUGGCCGCUGGGGGUCAUAUUUGGACAGCGACACCAAAAUCCAGUAUCCAUCGUUGGAGCGAUGUUGAUAUACCUGCAGAAAUUGAAGCUUCCGCGCCUUCGCCACUCUGUCGACACACUUCAAGUGUGUCAUCCCCAACACCCUCGGAUGACAACAAAAAUGACCCGCUAUCUUCAAACCAGAAAAUUCCUCCUAGUUCUAUCCUGAUUUUGUCAAACGCUGCUACGUUCCCUAACCCUAUGCACCGUGAGGCUGAUGUUGUAAGCUUAUCCGUCUCUAGCUUACGAGCUCCCACUGAUAUUCUCUUGGAUGAGGGAAUAAAUGUCGCAACUCCUCUUCAGUCAUUGCCUCAAGAGACAAUUGAAGGGCAACAUGGCAUGAUAAAGCACAUCGCUCUGAAUGAUAGAAAACGGGCCUUGACCCAAGAUACCGCUGGGGAUGUGGUGCUAUGGGAUUUACUUAGGGUAAGCUUUCAUAAUAGCUCUCUUAUUCUCAAACACUAA